AUGGGUGGUAAAUCAGGAAAAAAUCGAAAUCCAUCUAAUGAUCCUUUCUACAAAGCUGUACCGCCUCCAAGAUCGUAUCCGCCAGGCAUUGAUUCAAGCGGUGGAUUAGGUGCAUAUGGCCCUUAUGCAGAACCUGGUUUAGAAUAUCCACCAACUGGAGCAAUAGGACGCAUGUAUGGAACGACAACGACACUUCGACCUCGCAAUUUAGGUGGUCGAUAUGCUCAAGGUCUUAAUCAAAUACCUGGUGUGUCUCCGUGGAAUUAUGGAAAUUAUUAUUUGGGCAAUACUACAAUGCAGAUGAUGCCAUUUAUGUUAAACAAAGUAGCCAAAUUCGGACAGAUACAGGCAUUGCCUGCGCUUGCUAAUGCUGGUUUAUUAGGCCCUGGAGCAAUGAUGUCACCUUUAUCAAUAAUGCCAGGUUUGCCAAUGGCACCAUUGAUGCAAAGGAUGCCAGUAAUGCCUAGUAUGCCAAUGAUACCCAAUAUGUCAGUAAUACCCAGUAUGCCAGUAAUGCCCAGUAUGCCAGUAAUGCCCAGUAUGCCAGUGAUGCCCAGUAUGCCAGUAAUGCCCAGUAUGCCAGUGAUGCCAUGUAUGUCAGCAAUGCAAAGCAUGCCAAUGGUACCAAGUAUGUCAAUGAUGUCUUAUGGCACGCCUUCUGCAUUUAGUAUGCCAAUGCCUGCUCCGAUGAUGGCUGCUGCUACUCCAUUACCUGUUGCAUUUAAUCCAUUAGUACAAGGCAUGUAUCCAAUGGCAUCGACGAGUGCUGUUAACUGGAUGACUCCAUCAUCGUUUAUGUCUGCUUUAAUAUCGGGUCCUAUGCCUUAUCGUCCUCCGGCAUUUGAUUUUCCUAAUAAUGUUGGUAUGGUUAUGGCUAUUCCCUAUGGUACACCAAACCCUUUGCUUUCAUCAGCAAGUUAUGGUUCAUCAUAUAAUUUUGGUCUUGGAUCAGCUUGGUGUUCUUGGCCUUAUUCUAUGCCAUCAACAACAACACCUGCAUAUCCAAUGAUUAGUUAUUAUCCACGACCAUCUCCUCCUGUAUGUCCUGUUGCAGCCUCUAUUGCAGCUCCUGUUUCCUCCGCACUACCUUUUAUUCAUAAAAUAACAGUUCAACCACCUUCAUCUGCUGGUAUGACACCUACGCUAGCUGGUUAUAAUCAACCUUUACGUGCACCAAUGGAAGCUCCACUUUUACAGUCUCAAGGUGCCGUUACAGAUGUUGGUUUUACUGAACCUGCAGUACUGGCAACCAAUAGUACUCUGUCUACAUCUAAAGUAAUAAAUAGUCAAUUAACAAAAGGUUCAUUACCAGUUUACAAUGCAACAGAUCAAUCUCAACUUUUAAUAGGACGAAAACUUACGUCCAGUCAUUCUAAUCUUGCAAUAAAUAAUCAUGAACAUCAAGGAAUCACACCAAGUAAACUCAAAUAUGAAAAUAAAGUUCGUCAAAGUCAAGAUACUACAUCCAAUCGUUCUCGUCGUCAUUUACCAUCAAAAUCUCAUUUUGAUUAUGAUUUAACUUCAUAUCAUCCUCGUAGUGAACCAAUUUUACCUCCUAUAUUAAAUGGAUAUCUUAUAUCUGAUUCUGGUUGGUUGCCAAAAGCUUCUCCAUAUAAUACAAUGACAUCUGUAUUUGGUACUAAAAAACGAAAACGAUUAUAUACUAUUGACAAUGGUACAACAAUAACUCCUGCAAUGAAUACUCAUGCAUCAUUUGUUCCACGACAAAGUCGUCGUCAUAAAUCAAAUUCAUCAAUAUCUGAAUAUGAUUGUGUGAUAUGUCAACAACAACGUCAAAAACAGCGUUUACGUGAACAGUUUGAUUCGUCAACUGUUUCAUCAUUAUUAUCAUCAAAAGCAUAUUCACUAACAUCUUCUAAACAGGGUAAUCAUAAACCGCACCGUCGUCAUUCAACAAGAAGUAAAACUGGUACUAAAACAUCAUCAAAAAAAUCAGAUUCACCAAUGUUACUCCGGCAAUCACCCAUACAAGAAGAACAACAACAUGAGAUAAUACAUGAAGUAGAAGAACAAGACAUACAGGAUCAAGAAGUUGAAAAUCUUUUUGUUCAUGAUGAUAAUGGUGACGAUUAUGAUAUUGACAAUACAAAUAUUGAAGAACCUGAUCAUCAAUCACAAAGUAGUAUUAAGUCAACAGAUGAAUAG